GCUAGCCGUCAAGAUUUUUAACGAGACAGGAUGUCAUUCUAUACGUUCGCCCUCUUCUGCGUUACCGCGUUUGUGCUCGUCGCGGCUCAGGAUUUCCAGCUUCCUGUGCAAACCUGCAAGCGUGAUUCAAAUGACUAUUCAUCUUGUUUGAGACUUGCGAUACAAGAAGCGUGGCCAAACUUUAUCCCAGGUAUUCCGAAACUUGAUCUGCCAGUCUUGGAUCCGCAUUUUACGGAAUAUGAAAGAACCGUGUAUGAAACUAAAGAAAUACAUGCAGACGUAACAGUCAAAGACGUUAACACCUACGGGCUUGCAAAGGCUCAAUUCUUGGCUGUGAGACCACAGCAUUCUGAGAAUUUCUUUACAUUGGAGCUUGAUGUUGAUUUGCCGAAGGUGCUUAUCGAGGGUAAUUACAAGGCGGACGGAACACUGGGUACUUUCCAAAUUGGUGGCGAAGGAUUCUUUAACAUUAGCAUGGAAGAUAUUAAAUCUAAAUGGGUAAUGGAAGGACCCGUAGCCAACGACAGAUGGACAAUCGAACAUUUCCAUUUACAUCCGGAAAUUGGAAAGAUGAAUGUCUGGUUUAGUGACAUGUUCAACGGUAACGAGGAACUCAAUAACGCUGCCAUGGCAUUCGUCAAUGAAUAUUGGCCACAAUUAUAUCGUGCGAUGCUUCCGUUCAUGCAACAGAACUGGGACACUCGUCUUACUGAACUUAGCAAUCGCAUAUUCUCAAAGGUAUCCUUCUCGCAGACGUUCCCUUGAGGCCUAAAGAGCCAUUUCUUCCUCUGCUAGAACGUAAUCGAAGAGGCAUCAAAUUUGGAAUCGCAAAUAUGUUAGGCUCGAAAUCGACGUGGAGGAACGCGAAAUUUUUCUAUCUGAAGUUUGCAAACAUCUUGACGUGAUAAUUUCUUUUCUUUUUACCAUACUCCUAAUAGUGUUAUUUAGAUUUACACGACACCGACAUGCGUGUAAAUAGUGCGACAAAUUUAUUUUAUGUAAAUUAAGCAUAGGUAGUUUAUUGUUAGCAUUGUUAUUAUAUUGUGUUACUGCAACUUCGGCUGGUAAUAGUUUAUGUAAAGCGUAGAAGUAAUAAGUAAUAAGAAAAAUACAAAGAGAUUAUCGGAUUACAUAAAUUUAAUGAUUACCCCGAAUAAUUUUCACCUUUCUUGAAAGUCAUUUCAAAUAUAAUAUAAAAAUAUUAUUGGUCUAUGGGUACAUUUGAUCAAUUUGUUAUAUUAUGUAAAACGUAAUAAGUAACAUUUAUUAUGUUAUUAUUAAAAGCCCUAAGGUUUUCUAUAUUUGGGAUUUAUAGGGAGAAACAGAAUAUAAAAAGACGUUUAUAGAAAUCAAGUAGGUCAACGCUCGUAUUAUUGCGUUUGCUACUAUAAUAAUACACUUUGUGUAAUUCCGAAUUCCUUCACAAAUCUCUCUGAUUUAGAAGUGAAUCUCGUGCGAUUCUUGAACGAAUUAUUAAUGAAGAUUAGAUGUUACACUUUAAAUAAACGAGAAUUUAUGAAUGCUA